UUGUUCGGUAAGAUGCUGUGGCGACUUGGACUGCUGUUAGGCCUGUGCCUAGUCCUGGCGCGAGGCGAAGAAGAUGAGGUUAUCAAAUGUACCGGUGGUGAAUGCGUGAAGCUUCACCUUUGUCCCAAUGGUGAGCUUAACACAGAUGGUGCAAAUAUCAUUGACAUUCGCUUCAACCCGGACAACGAGUGUGAGGAUUAUCUGCUCAAGUGUUGCCCUUACCCCGAAGAUGACGAGGAUAUCGUUCCUCCGCCGCCAUCCCAUCCGGGAACUGAUACGGGUGCAACUGGGCCAGGAACGAAUGUGGGCCCCGGGACGGAGACAGGACCAGCUCCGACGACGGUACCUGGUACGGGUACCGGAUCCAGUACCAUUCCACCAAAUCAAGGAACUGGCCCUGUACAGCCUAUCCCUGGUGGUGCAGGACAGCUAGGAACUGGUAAUAAACCAACGGGUACUGGUGCUGGUAUUGGUGGUGGUGGUGGUGGUGCUAAACCUCAUGGGCAUGGUCAGGGGCAAGGAUAUGGAGGCUGUCGGGGUGACAGCUCAUGCUCGAAACCAAGCUCAUCGUCCGAAGGCGACGAGCAAGCGGUGUUAGUCGGUAAGGAUCAAAUUCCUAGCGGUGGGACAGCGACUUCUGCCAACCAGGUAAAGGAACCGGGACAGGUACCACAGGUUCAUGGUGGUGGACCACCUGUUGGAGGCAGUGGAGCACCUGGAUCAGGGUCUUCUGGAACUAAUCAAGCGACUGGAGGAACAGGAAAACCGAGUACAGGUGGAACGGCUAAGCCGCCUGUAGGCACCAGCACAUCUUCUAAUGAAUCAGGAGUUGGUCAGCAGACAGGUGGUUCAGGAGGAUCAGGCGGAAGUACUUCUGCUGAAAAACCUGGCCAGCAAGGAGGACCAGCUGGCUCUGGUGCAGCUCAAGGAAGUCCGAUCCAAAAGCCUGGCCAACAAGGUACUAGUGGAACUGGAGGUGCUGCAACUCAAAAACCCGGUCAGCCUGUUCAACCAGGUGCUGGUGGAGCUGGGGCAGCUGGAGGUGUUCCUACUCAAAAACCCAGUCAACAAGGUGUUGGUGGAACUGGUGGCCCUGCAACAGGUGGUCAACAGCCUGUUCAACCAGGUGCUGGUGGAGCUGGAGCAGCUGGAGGUUUGCCAACUCAAAAACCUGGACAACCUGGUGCUAGUGGAACUGGAGGUCCUGGAGGAGUUGUAUCUCAAAACCCCGGACAACCAGGUGCAGGAGGUUCCAGUGGCACAUCGGGAGGCGGUCAUUCCGGCGUUCCAACUCAAAAACCUGGUCAACAAGGUGUUGGUGGACCGGGUGGUAAUACAUCGCCUGGCCAGUCUGGUGUGACCGGACUCAAUGUUCUCCCGGGAUCGGGCAAAGAUUCUACACCGGGAAAACAGCCAGGCGGAGCUGGACAAAAACAUCCGGGCAUGGGUGGUGCUCAGCAUCCUAAUGUUGGUGGUGGUUAUAAUAGUGGUGUGAAGGGCACUCAACCAGAUAAAAUUGGCUCUGCCACGCAGAAUCCUUUAGACAAAACAGUUGAAGUUCCGCAUAAGUGUGGUCUGCGCAAUGUGGACGGUGUCGGAUUCCGCAUCACCGGUGACAACGAUGGCGAAUCGGAGUACGGAGAGUUCCCAUGGAUGGUCGCAAUCCUUAAGGAGGAAAAGGCACUUGACCAAGUCAUCAAUUUGUAUCAGUGCGGUGGAUCGCUUAUUCACCCAUCGGUCGUACUGACAGCGGCCCACUGCGUCCAGAACAGAAAACCAGAGGAGGUGAAGGUGCGUCUAGGCGAGUGGGAUACGCAAACCAAGAACGAGAUGUUUGACUAUCAGGACCGCAACGUCGUGGAGAUCGUCAGUCACGCCGAAUUCUACAAGGGAGGUCUGUUCAAUGAUGUAGCACUGUUGUUCCUGGACAAACCGGCCGAGCUGAUGGAGACAGUGAACACGAUUUGUCUUCCACCAGCAAAUCACAACUUUGAUCUGUCUCGCUGUUUUGCAUCCGGCUGGGGCAAGGAUGUGUUCGGCAAGCAGGGCACGUAUCAGGUGAUUCUCAAAAAGAUCGAGCUACCGAUCAUGCCAAAUGAAGAGUGUCAAAAGGCAUUGCGUACAACACGUCUCGGACGACGGUUUAAACUACACUCGAGCUUCAUCUGUGCCGGAGGCGAGAAAGGCCGCGAUACGUGCAAGGGUGACGGAGGAUCACCAUUAGUCUGCCCAAUCCCUGGCACGAUCAACCACUACUACCAGGCCGGUAUGGUAGCGUGGGGUAUUGGGUGUGGUGAGGAUGGAAUCCCCGGUGUUUACGUGAAUGUGCCAUUGUUCCGCGGAUGGAUCGACGAUCAUUUACGACAGAGAAAUAUUACUGACAGCUUCUACCUCUACUCGUGA